UAGGUAUAAAAUAAUUUUUCCGCAAGAUUAACCAUUUAGACACAUUGCAAAAGCCCGACCAACAACUACCCUCCCAAAAUGUGGUGGCUGUGCAAAAUAAUUUUCUUCGGUAGUGUGGUGGCAAGUUUCGCUCAAACCAAAAAACCCAACAUUAUUGUGAUUGUGGCCGACGACAUGGGGUUCAACGAUGUCGGUUUUCACGGAAGCAACGAAAUUCCAACCCCUAAUAUCGACGCUUUGGCCUACAACGGCGUCAUCCUCAACAGCCACUACACCCAGGCCUUGUGCACCCCCUCACGUUCUGCCUUCCUCACUGGGAAGUACCCCAUCCAUCUCGGAAUGCAACAUCUCGUUAUACUUGAACCUGAACCGUGGGGACUGCCUCUAAACGAGACCAUUUUACCGCAAUAUCUCAAGAGGAAUGGAUAUGCCACACAUGCCAUAGGUAAAUGGCAUUUGGGCUUCUUCCGAAAGGAAUAUACGCCGACCUAUAGGGGGUUCGAUUCGCAUUUUGGGUACUGGCAAGGGUUGCAGGACUACUACAAACAUACGGUGCACGCAACGUUUACACCUGAGCACGGUUACGACAUGCGACGUAACAUGACCGUAGACUGGAGCGCCCAGGGCAAGUACUCCACGACUCUCUUCACCGACGAAGCCGUCCGUCUAAUCCGCGAGCACAACACCGAAAACCCCAUGUUCAUGUACCUCGCCCACUUGGCCCCACACUCGGGCAACGACGACGACCCUCUGCAAGCCCCCGACGAAGAAAUCGCGAAAUUCGGACACAUCGCAGACCCCGAACGUCGAAUUUACGCCGCCAUGGUCUCCAUGUUGGACAAGAGUGUGGGCAGUGUGAUAGCCGCUUUGAGGGACAAACACAUGCUGGAAAAUUCGAUUAUUGUGUUCAUGUCAGACAACGGGGCAAAGCCCGAUGGAAUCCACGCCAAUCACGGCUCGAAUUAUCCUUUGCGGGGCAACAAGAACUCGGCUUGGGAAGGGGCCAUGAGGUGCGUGGCGGCGAUCUGGAGCCCCCUUAUCAAGAAACCGCAACGUGUCUCGAACAGUCUGAUGCACAUUUCGGACUGGUUACCGACUUUCUACACAGCUGCAGGGCUCAAUAAGACCGAACUACCGAAAAUGGACGGGGUUGACAUGUGGGCCUCCAUUUCCGAAGGGAAAGACAGCCCCCGGACUGAACUCUUACACAACAUUGACGAAAUUUACAAUUAUGGGGCACUUAGAGUCGGGAAUUGGAAGUAUCUCUACGGAUCCACCACAAAUGGUAAAAGUGAUGGUUGGUAUGGGUCUUCAGGUCGUGACCCCCUUUACACUUACGAUGAUAGCGCCGUUUUGGCCUCACAGACCGGCUCGACACUUGCCGGUCUUACAACCUACCAACAAAUCAAGGAAAAACACCAAGGUGACACUAAUUUCACACACAAACUGCUCGACAGUGAGACGAUCAAGACCCUUCGGGGCGCAGCCGAAGUCAAGUGUCCGCGAGUCAAUUUUGAGGAAAUCCCCGAAAGUAAGAAAUGUAACGCAGUCGAGUCCCCUUGUCUCUUUAACAUCAAGGAAGAUCCCUGCGAACAAAUCAAUUUAGCGGCCGAACGUCCCAUGAUUGUCCUGAACAUGGAAAUGGCAUUAGCCCGAUUCAAACAAACGGCUCUACCCAUCAGAAACGUCCCAAGAGACCCUAAUGCGGACCCCGCCAAGUGGAACAACACUUGGGUCAAUUGGCAAGACUACGAAGACGUGAAAAAGCAGAAAAUUUACUUCAAUACGUUGUCACCGCUGGCGAUUGGCUUAAUUUCCGCAGCGGUUGUUGCCUUUGUUGUCGUUAUAAUUAUCCUGGUGACUAUCACAGUGAAGAGUUCUUUGGAUAAGAAAAAGGCCGGGAAAGCGUUUUUCGACGAUCCCAUGGAGCAAAUGAUGACGAUGGCGCCGAAACCACAAAUUUUCGAAGACAGGGAAUUGCAAAAUAGGGAGAGUAUCAGAAAUGAGUUUAGGACGGUGGAAUAGGAAACAAGCGGCUUUUCGAGAGAAAAGCUCGUUCUUGUUUCGAUUGUGAUCAAAGAGCUUUGGGGGUUUCUUAUAGAAAUGUCCACAAGCAAGUAGGGUUAAAUUAUUGUAAAUAUUUAUUUUAAUUUAGAAUGAAAAUAAAUUUA